CCCGAGCCCCGACCGGCGGCGCAAAGCUCCCGGGCAGCUUCCGGGCCGACUGCCGACCGCGGGUGCAGAGUGCGGCUGUGCCCAGUAUCCCAUCCCCGCGCCCCCAGCGCGCUCCGGAGAGAACGGGACGAUGCCCGGGGCUGGGGACCGAGGAAAAGCCCUGGCGAGAUGGCUGGGCGCUGGGCUUUUGGGUCUCCUGAUCCCGAUGUCCCUGUCGCUGGAGGUGUCUGUGGGAAAGGCCACCGUCAUCUACGCUGUCAACGGCACAGAGAUCCUACUGCCCUGCACUUUCUCCAGCUGCAUUGGCUUCGAGGACCUCCGAUUCUGGUGGACCUACAACAACAGUGACAGUCCUAUCAUAGAAGGGACUGUGAAGAAUGAGAAGUCUGACCCCAAGGUGACGUUGAAAGAGAAUGAUCGCAUCACUCUGGAGGGCACCACCAAGGAGAAGAAGAACAACAUUUCCAUCCUGCUGAGGGACCUGCAGUUCAGCGAUGGCGGCAGAUACACCUGCCACGUGAAGAACCCCAAGGAGAAUAAUCUCGAGCACAACGCCACCAUCAUCCUCCAAGUCGUGGAUGAACUGGAAGAAGUGGACAACACGGUGACACUCAUCAUCCUGGCUGUCGUGGGCGGGGUCAUCGGGCUCCUCAUCCUCAUCAUGCUCCUCAAGAAGCUUAUCACCUUCAUCCUCAAGAAGACUCAGGAGAAGAAGAAGGAGUGUCUCGUGAGUUCCUCAGGGAACGACAACACAGAGAAUGGGCUGCCCGGCUCCAAGGCGGAAGAGAAACCACCCACCAAAGUGUGAGCCCCUGCUUCGGGCCAAGCAGCCGCGGGGAACCUCCCUUUCUGAUGAAGCUGACGCUUGAGCCCCGACCGUAGAACUCACGUGCCUGAGACACCUGCUGCUUGGCUCAAACUGUAGUCUUUCUGCGCAGGAGAAGCUGGGGUCCUGCCCAGCCCACCCGCUCCUGUCCAGCUUGCCCACCCCAUCCCCAGCCAGAGCUCCCCAGGGACAAGGGAUGGCCAGGGGAGGGGGCCUGUGGAAGGUUCAGGAAAAAGUAAGGAGGUGCUGAGGCAGUGUGGAGGGGCUGGUCCCCAACACCUGGAUAGAUGUGGUCCCCUUCAGUCUCCCCGCCCUGUACCUUGUACAAGCAGGACCUUGGUCAAGAGGGAAGUGGGGGACCUGUGAGGGCUGCCCCAAGAGCUGGGCCCUCUUGGGGUGAAGGAAGAGCUGUGUGUGGCUCCCUUUGGAGGGGACAGUGGGCUGGAGGACUCUGGAAGAGACCUGGGGCAGGGGGCUGCUGGCAGGAAGGCCCCCACCGUUCCCCAAGUGGGGAAUUUCCCUUUUCCUCUGCCCCAGGGGGCCCGUCAGCCUUGUCCCAGGCUCCCCAGCCUGCCCCCUGCUCAGAGUUUUUAAGCCCUCCCAACCGGGCUGGCCACCUCAGUCUUGAGGGGUCUCGGCCCACCUAGCCUGCUCAUCUGCUUUCUGGCUUAUUGAGGGGCUCAUGCGGGGGUCCCUGAGCCUUCCUGGAGCGCUGGAGCACUACCUACGCCUUUCCUGUCAUUUCUCCUUGGGGAAUCGGGCUGCAGAGGUAGCGAGCCAGUGUCCUGGGCCUCUCUGCCUGGGAUGCCCACCCCAGCCCCGCCAAUGCUGGCAGCCCUCUCCUGGGCAUGGCAGGACCAUUGCCACUCCUGGGCACUCCCAGCCCAGCUCUCCCCUGCUCUUCCCGUCCUCUGUAACAGCAGGUGGCAUCCUCUUGCUUGAGAGGUUGCGCUGUCAAACCUGCCAUUGGCUGGCCGCUCCCAAGCCCUCCCUUCCACCCUCUCCCCUGCCCUGGGCCUGCCUUCCCCUCAGGGACCCUCUUCCUUUGGAUGAAAGAGCCCUCGGGUUUCCCAGCUGCUUCCUGCUCAGCUGAGCCACCCCCUUCCGCCCUGGGCUUGUGGGGAGCAGGGAGAGGGCGCCCACGGUGUACCUUUGUGUACCUCUGCUUUCCCGGGAACUGGUUUGCACACCCCUGUGUGUGGGGCUAGACUGUGCCUUAGCUCCUGACCCCCAGCUCUUACCCUGCCUGCUCCCCCAGGCCCUCUGUGUGGCACAGCAGCAGUCUGGUGUGGCACUGGCCAGGGUGCCCUGCCCUCCCCUCCCCGAGGUCAUGGAGGGGCCAUGAGGCUGGAGUCGCGUUGCCGACGGCCCCUUGGCCAGUGACUGAGUCUUGGAGACAUCUGCCAGUGCUCCUACAGGGGUCCCAGGCAGGGGGUGUGAUGCUGGAAUGGGAUCUCCUGGUGGGCCCUGGCGAGAUUGCCUGUGGGGCGGAGGUGGUGAGGCCGGGGAUGGCAGGGGGCGUGGUACAGGGCGCUGCACCAUCUGCUCCCGCUCCCUUGCUCCCUUAUCAAAUUUCUGCCACUCUAGUCUCUGGGCCCCGAGGAGGGACAGGAGGGGAGCAGCUCUCUUUUCCAGAGGGUAUUGGGACUGCCUCAGGGCUCUGCCUGUCAAGCAAGCUUCCCCGAGGGAGAGGUGGGGGAGACUGAGGAACAGCAGCACCUGCAGGGGGCCCAAGGCGGUGCCCAGUGUCCCUUAGCCAACCUGAUGGGCUCACAGGGUCCCCUCUGACCUGCCUCUGCCCCUCCUGUCCUUCUCCACCCAAGCCCCCCGGGCUGGGCUUCAGACUUUCCUGGCUUUGGGGCAGACACACCAGAGCCGUAGCCGCUCAGAAAACUUCUAGCUGCCUUCAUGCAAAACUGCUUUCUUCUCCCUCUCCAACGUCAGCAUUUGAAGAGGCAGAGCACCUUGGGACUCAUCUUACUGUCUUGAGAGGAAGCCAAGGCUACGGACUGGGGAGAGGAGGGACACCAUCCUCCUGCCUCUCCUGGGUCUGCCGCUGACUUCUCGGCGGGUCACGUCGCUUCUCUGGGCUCAGCUCUUUCCAUCUAGCAAAUGGGUGUCGUAAUACUUACCUACCUCACAGGGCUGUUGUGAGGCUCGGCAAGUUUUGUCUAAAAAAUAUUUUUUGGCUUGGCAAGAGAUCUGGGAAGCCGGGUGUUAUAACCGGAGGAAUUGUUCCAGGUCUGUCCUGUCCUCAUCUCUGUUGCAUCCCUACAACACACACAGACUCUCUCUCUCUUUCUGUCCCACCCUCUUGGAAUUAUUUAGUCUUCAUAAUAUUAGAAACCUUGUUUCUGAUGCUUAAAGCCUCCUGUCCGUGGCUCUUGUUUGGUGGUAUUCCGCAGAGGUGACUGAGACUGCAAGGGAACAUUUUUGGUUGCCCCAGUGCCUGGAGGCACUACUGGCAUUUAGUGGGUGGGGACUGAGAGUGCUAAACUUAGUCCCCACAACACAGGAUGGUCCUGUCCCAAUGCCAGCAUUACACCCAUGGAAAAACACUAGCGUGGAUUGUGCUAGGAUGUAUAUGGGCAAAGCCAUCUUUCCCAAACAGCCCCUCAGUGCGUGCAAGUCUCCGAUGGUGGCCUCCAGGGCUGGUGAGGGUGUUUCCUGGGCUUGUGGGCUAGAGAGAGCCAUUUACAAAGUAGAUCUUGGGAGACCUGGGUGCAUGUAACUGCACUGCUGGUGAUGCCAGUGAGACCAAAGACCAGGUUCCGAUCUCUCUGUCCUUGACCACAACAUGCGCUGUCAGCAUUCCAGGUUUGGGGUUUCUCCCCGUGUAGGAAUUGGGCAGAAGGCAGCCAGAGUCAACUUGCCAUGCUAGAGAGGCCUGGGCAGGCAGCGAUGGGGCUCAGACUUUACGUAUGUCUGGCUAACAACUUCUGUGGAGUGAGGAGGGCAGGAGCAUGCUCCUGAGAUGCAGGAGGCAAGGUGUGCUUGUGUGGCGCUUGUGUGGCGAGGACGUGGAGUGUGUGUGUGGAAGUGCACGUGGCGGCGUGACUGUGGAGUGGGUGGGCUGUGCAUGCAAUGGGUGAUGCGUGAUUGGGGGGACUCUAGACGUUUCAGGAGCCAUCUUUCCUGGCCUCAGCUAUACCUGUUGGGGCACCUGGAGACUGAGGAAGGACAAGACACAGAGGGGAAGACCGGCUGUGCUGUUGGAUUCCAUCACUCCAUGACUCCAUCUCACUGUUCCAGACAGCUGCCAGCGGAAGGCCGGGGGGAAGGAGAGCCAGGAGGGGGGACUUCUCAGGAAACUCCUGUAGCUUGCUUCACUUUGCUUUGUCCCAGGUUGGAGUCCUGCCCUUCCACCUCCCACCUGACAUGCAGUGCUUUCAACUAUCUUAUGCAUGGUUUAUUCCUCUGGCUUGGAAUGACAACAAUACCCAUAGUCAAUUUUCCUAUACAACAAUAGAUCAGGUGAUGCAGCAAUGGGCCUUGGGAGGCCUCAGGUGUGCAGGUACCUCUGGGAGGCACAGACAUACACACCCCCAGCACUGAUUUGUGUUCAAGCACAGAAUGGAUAUGAUGAGACUAUUUUGCCUCUACAACGUGUUUUGCAUUGUAGAAUUGUAUUUAGCUUUGCCUUGGAUGAAAUAAAAAUUAUGUUUA